AACAGCACCAAUGGAAUCACAAAGUUGACAAAUUUCCUUUUAAGAAGAUCAUCGUGAUAAGGAAGCUGAGAGAGAUACUUCAUCUUCCAACAAUACAAGAAUCAAAACAGCUCACAUGAGAUUCUGGUGUCUAGUGAAAGAUGUUAGAUUCAGCCAAGGAGUUGGGAAAAGAUGAUUCAGAUGUCAGGAUUCAUGUGAAGGAAGACAGUGAAUACAUCAGAUUGGUUAUACCAAAAGAUCCUAGGCAGCUACCUCAAUCUGAUUUGCUGCAGCAUGAGAGCAACACGAGAACUAGGAAAUUCAUCUGGUGGUUAAAGGCUAUAUUCUGGUCUAUCUUUUCGGUUCUUGUUCUUCUUGUUUCUGUGAAGUGGGGAGUGCCAUUUAUUUUUAAGAAGGCUCUUCUUCCAAUAAUGCAAUGGGAAGCAACUGCGUUUGGUCGACCAGCUCUAGCCGUUGUACUUCUGACAUCUUUGGCAUUGUUCCCUGUCUUGUUACUUCCUUCUGGUCCUUCUAUGUGGUUGGCUGGCAUGAUUUUCGGCUAUGGUCUUGGUUUUGUCAUAAUCAUGGUUGGAACAACUGUGGGAAUGGUUCUACCAUAUUGGAUAGGUCUACUUUUCCGCGAUAGGAUCCAUCAAUGGUUAAAAAGAUGGCCUGAUAAAGCCGAAAUGAUUAGACUGGCUGCUGAAGGGAACUGGUUUCAUCAAUUCCGAGUUGUGGCGCUCUUUAGGAUUUCUCCAUUUCCAUACACAAUCUUCAACUAUGCGAUAGUGGUGACAACUAUGCGGUUUUGGCCUUAUUUAUCUGGUUCCAUAGCUGGAAUGGUACCAGAGGCUUUCAUUUACAUCUACAGUGGGAGGCUGAUAAGGACAUUGGCAGAUGUGCAUUAUGGGAACCAUAGAAUGAGUUCAAUAGAGAUAAUAUACAAUGUUAUAUCUUUAAUUAUUGCAGUUGUUUCCACAAUUGGAUUCACCAUUUACGCAAAAAAGACUCUAAAUGAACUUAAGAAGGCCGAUGAGACUACUAAAAUAAGUGAGUUAUGCUCUGAAGAAUUGAAGAGCACCAAUAGUUCCGAGUUAGAGAAGCUUUCUCUAGAAAGGCCUAAGCAUCUCAGUUGCUCGCCUUCUUAUAAGGGUCGAUAGAUGAUCUAGAUUUCGAAUUUACGAUAAGUAUGUGUAUAUAGAGAAAUUAUGAAACCUAGAAAUUACUUAGAUGAUGAUCUUGGGCCUUUGGGGCUAAUAAGUGAUAUGAUGAAAUGAGGUUAUCUAAUUUGAAAACACUUUUAACUUUUAUCAUUAAUUGGAAAUAAUAAUAAGAUAGUUCUGAUC